GUGACUGUGAUCGGCUGCUCUCGCCGCCUUCGGCUGCGGGUACCUGGUGGGCAGGCUCCAUGGACGUGGUGCCGCACGGGCUGGCGGACAUGAUGAAGAUGGUGCGGCCGGGGGACCGGCUCUUCUGCCUCUGCAGCCUGGAGGAGAAGCUGUACCACGAGCGCCUGCUCUGCGGGCACGUGGCAGGCUCACUCUGGGCGGUAGCGACGCCUGAUGGGGACGUCUUUGUCGAGGGCUUCGCCGACGCCGACCACGCGGAGGUGCACCCGGGCGGGCCGCGUGGCGGCCCACCACCGCAGCUGCGCAAUAAGUUGCUCUACGGGUUCGACCUCGACAAGGACGCGCUCGCCGCCCUUGCGGCCGAGGGUGCUCAGCUGGGUGAGCGCGAGCGCGCCGCCCUGCCAGCGGGCCGCCGCCUCCGAGGGAAGCAGGCCGCCCCGGCCCGGCCGUCCGAGACGCAGCUCGCCCUCGACGGUGGCACGUCGACCCCGGUCGGCUCCGACGUCGAGCGGGGCGACCACCUGUGCGGCUGGGUCGCCCUGGAGACUCGGCUGGGCUUCAAGCGGGGCGGCCCGGUGGAUGUGGCCUACGCCACCGUCCACGCCGACGGCGACCGCGCCCUGGCAUCCUUCCCUGAGGGGGUCAUCGCGCUCGCGCGCGUGGGGACCCUCGACGAGGUGCCGGCCUCACCGAAAGCAGUGCCGGAUGCAGUGCUGGACGAGCGCAUCUUGCGGCACCGGCGGAGCAGCACCGGGCAGCGGCGCCGGGCCUUCGCGGAGGUGGUCGCCGAGCAGCAGGAGGCGCUGGACACCAAGGACUGGCGCAUCGAGGGGCCCGCCACCGUCGGCUGGCUGCUUCAGGCACACCUGGAGCAGGGUGGCGACCCUGUCCAGCGCCACUACUGGUGGAGACAGAUCCUGGGGUUGGCAGCAGCCGACCCUGGGGUCGAUGAACAUCUGUUCCUGUGCCAGCUCCUGGAGACCGCAGCCACGGCCGAUCAGCUCAACCUGCCGGGGUGCGAGACGUUCGAGCUGGCGGCCAGGCGCUUCCAGCUCUGGGAGGAGGUGUACUCAGAGGCCUUGCGGCAGGCCGAGGUCUCGGGCACCGCCGGGGCCGCAGCCGACUCCGAGGGCUGGUUGGGCGAGCGCCGCAUCUUCUUGGGGGGCGCGCUCUCGAAGGGGCACGCCCUCGUGGCUCCUACUUUGGAGAAACACGUGGCGACGAAGAUGCAAGAGGAGAGCGCAAUCCUCAAGGAGAGGCGCGAGGACAGGGAGGAGCGCCGCAUGGCGCGUGGCGAGAGCAGUAGCGAAGCCGACGCUGGUCUCGGCGACCCGGGCGGGGGCGGCGGCGGCCCUGGCGGCGGCGCUGGCCCCGCAGGCCGCGGGCGCGAUCGCGGCGCCCGCGCGGGGCUAGCCCGCCACCACUCAUCCGGCUUGCGCGCGGCCGCUGCAGCCCCCGGGCAGCGGGCGCUAUUUCAGGGGAGGGCCGCCACUGCGGUGGUGAUGGCGGCCUCGGCGCAAGGGGUCGCGGACUCGGCCCUGGCGCGCGACGUUCUGCCCCUGCCGGCUGGCGAGUCGCUCGACGAGCUGACGGCCGCGGCGGUGCGGCGUCUCGCGCGGCUGUGUGGCAGAUUGGAGCAGCCGCCAUCCGACCUGACCCCUCUGGGGGCGUGGCAGACGCUCCAGGCUUCGCGGAACGGUUAUGCAGAUGUCAUGGCCGACGGCGCAACGACGACCUACAGGAAGAGGGCCAUGGCGCUCCCGCGGGCUGCGGCCGGGCGCGUGCGGCUCAGUGAUGUGCUUCCCCCGUACCUGCAGACUGUCCUGUCAGAUUCUUCGCGUAUGUUACGAGAGCCGGAGGCUCGCAAUUUUGCUUUGGGCGCGGCCCUCCGGGUCUGUGCUAUGGGCCCUGUGCUGCAGAGGCACGGCUACCACUACGGCGAGUGCCUCUCUGAGCUGCUCUCCGCGGGCAUCCUCGAGCGCGUGGGCGAGGGCAGCGUCGUCGAGCGCGCUGGCAUCUUCUUCGUGCCGAAGAAGGACUCCUCCUUGCGGCUGAUCUUCGACGCCAGGAGGUCGAACGCGCACUUCCAGGAGCCGCCGCGCGGGCUCCUGUCGAGCGGGGGGGCGCUGGCGAACCUGGAGGUGGACGCCUCCAAGGGGGUCGCGGUGGCCUCCGCUGACGUUGACUGCUGCUUCUACCAGUACGAGCUGCCACCUUGGUCUCGUUUCUUUUUUGGGCUACCUGCUGUUCAAGCGCGUUUUCUCCAGCCGCAGGUUCGCCGGCUGCUGGGCAUCGCGGACCUGUCCGAGAUGGUCCACUUCGUUGCCAGGGUGGCCCCCGUGGGCUGGUCGUGGGCGGUGCACCUCAUCCAGGAGGCCCACGCCCACAUCCUGGGCGGCGUCAGCCCGGAGUCGCCGUGGAUCGCCGACAAGGUGCCCACCCCGGCACUCGGCGCGCAGUGCUCCGCGGCCAAGAUGCUGUACAUCGACAGCGUUGUGGAGCACAUGCUGGCCGCCGUGGGCGAGCGGGGGAUCCAGGCCUCCUUCGACAGCGACGACGGGGACCUUCGCACCCUGCCCGGGUGCGCGCUGCACAAGCCCUCCGCCACCUGGCGGCUGUCGCGGAGCAAGUUCUGGCGACUGAAGUCCAGCUUCGAUUUUGCACUCGCGCCCGGGCGCCUCGUCACGGGGCGCGAGCUCGAGGGGCUCAUGGGGCACGUCACAUCCGCCGUGAUGCUGCAGCGGCCGAUGCUCUCCUUGUUCCACGCCAUCUACGAGUUCUGCAAGCGCUCGCGUGACAGGCGGCAGCCUCUGUGGACCUCGGUGAAGCGGGAGCUCGCUUGGUUCAGGGCGCUUCUUCCAUGCGUGACCGCCCUGCUGAGUCGCUCCGGGUGCGACUGGGUCACGGCCGCCGACGCCUCGCCGUUGGGGUUCGGCGUCGUGGAGCAAGCGUGCCGCUUCCGGGGGGUCCUGGCGGCGGACUGCGCCCCCCGGGACACGCUGGGCGAGCAGCAGCUCCUGCGCGCCUCCUCGGCGGACGUGGUGGCGGAGGGCGCCCUCGCGCACUUCGAGGAGGUCCCGGCGGGGCGGCUCCUGGCUGACCCUUGGGCGGUAGUGGCUGCGCGGCGCUGGCGCCGCGCCGCGGCCAUCCACGUCCUCGAGGCUGAGGGCGUGCGCUGGGCC